AUGGAUGACCUGGCGAAGGCGCUCGGGGCUGAGGCGGCCGCCAUGGGCGCCGCCAGCGCCGACUGCCUGACCGUUCCGCAGGCGCUGGAGAGUCUCAGGCUUGAUGUGGAGCAGGUCUUCAACAAGCACAGGGAGCUCUGCGGUGGCAAAUGCGGGCCUAGGAGCGCGCAGGCGCCAAGAUGUGCCGCGCAGGCGCUGGAUGUGGACGUGCAGGCCCUGGACGUGGAUGUCCCGAGGUCGCCGCGGCUCACCCUGCAGGCGCCAGACGCGGACGCCUCUCCCAGGUCGCGGGCGCGGCCGAGUGUCAUCGGUGCGCCCCGGGGAUCGGAGGGCUUUGGCCUGCCCCGGGGCGUCGCGCAGCCCCAGCUCCCAGGCCUGAGGCCUUCCGUUACCCCAGUUCACCGCCUCAGCGGGCAGCGCAACAGCAACGCCGGGCCGCGCCGGAGGCGCGACUUUUCGUCCAGGAUGCGCGGUCACACGUUUGAUGUCAAAGAGGCUGAGGGCAACUGGAUGCACUCCCUCCUGCAGAGGAGCAACACGGGGACAACGUCGUUUGUGAGCAGGCGCGCCGUCAAGGCGGUGUCAAAGGCGGCGAGCACAAUCUCGCAGCACGCGCCGACGGCUCGCGUCCACGAUUUCGUGAGCCGCCCUCUGUACGAGCUUGCCCAAGUUAUGCUGUUUUUCCUGGACGCCGUGCUCGUCGUGUGGGAGAUGCAGCACGCGGCGUACAGAGCUGCCUCUGGCCCGAACCACGGCGCGGGGGGCAUCGAAGACGCCCUGCUUUUGACGGUGCUCAUGAACAUCUCGUGCGCCUGCGUCGUCGUCGACCAGCUGCUGAAGCUCGCCGGCGGGAAGUUCGACGAGGCGCUCGGCGUCGGCUGGCAGUCGUUCCACGUGCUGGUCGCGGUCACACAGCUGAUCCAGACCAUCGGCCAACAUUCGCACAUGCACCAGAGGUCCUGGUCGCAGUUCCGGGUUGGCCUCGCCAUGCUCUCCACCCUGCGCCUCGGCCGGGUGCUGUCGCUGGUGCUGGUGUCGAGGGUCAUCCGCCAGCACCGCUUCUUCAGGGAGCUGCGCAUCAUGGUCCACGCCCUCGCCGGGGUGCUGAAGGUGCUGCUGUGGUCCAGCCUGCUGAUCUUCACGAUCAUCCUCAUGUUCGGCACCGUGCUGUCCGAGGGCACCCUGGCCCUCCUGCUGCGGAGCCAGCCCGACGGCGUGCCGCCGUCGCUGCAGUUGCGGUUCGGCUCGCUCUUCGAUGCCGUCCUCACGCUCUUCCAGUCGAUGUCUGGAGGCGUCGACUGGGAGCAGGUCUGGCUAGACUUGGGCGCGCUUGGUUGGAGCUACAGGGGAGUGUACCUGCUGUUCAUCUGCUUCUCUCUGAGCGUGCUGCUCAAUGUUGUGACGGCCGUGUUUAUCGAGAGCACGAUGGCACGCUCUAUGAACGACCGCGGCCUGGUGGUGCAGAACGAAGUGCUGGAGAAGCAAGAUUUCUUGCGCUCCAUGAGGAAGAUUUUUCAAGAACUAGAUACCGAUUUCGACGGCACCAUUACCAUGGAGGAGAUGCAGAACAAAAUGAUGGACCCCGAGAUUGGCGCUUACUUCACCCAGCUCGGCGUGAACCCCGACCAAGUGGGCAAGCUGUUCUUCCUCUUGGAUCGCGACAAAUCGGGGACUCUCGAUCAAGAUGAGUUCCUGUUCGGCUGCCUGAAAUUUCAAGGCGACGCCAAGAGCCUGGACAUUGCUGUCAUACACCAACAGGUCCUGUGGAUCCACGAUACCCUGAAGAUCGUAGUUUCCCACCUCGGGAUCGACGCCGACGACAUGGACAGUCGAAUAUCUGAGAACGUCCGGAAUUCCUGCUUCUCCAUCGCUGAAACUGAGGUGCCACCUGCCCCGCUCCCUUGUUGGAAUCCUGUGCUGAUCCAUUAG